AUGUUUAAAGGUGAUCAAUUAAAAAAUUUUCAAGAUUAUAUUAGUCCAACAGAUAAAAGCACAAAGAGUCCAGUAAGGCGUAUUUUGUCUGAAUCAAAGAAUAGACUUAAUAUUUUUCUAAAUAAGCUAUCUAAAUACUAUUCUAAUAAACCUAUGAAAGAGAAGAGUAAUAAUGCUUAUAUAAAUCUUAAUUUAAAACGACCGACAACAUUUGCAAGUCUAGAACAAUUCAGUGAUAACUAUGAUGAGAAUCGCCCUUUUAAUUAA